AUUGAGUGAUUUUUAAAACAUUAAAACGACGCGCCUUGUAUAUUUCACAAUUCUUAUUAAAAGAUAUAUGUUAUAAAUGGAGACGCCAAGAAAACCUUUGAGAAACAUUUCAUUGGAGGCCAAUACGCCAUUUAAAGUACCAGCUUCACCAAUGAUGAAAGCUCUUGGUUACGGUACUGGGGUCAAUGUUUAUUGCAUGGAAAGAUCACCCAAAGCCAGUGGUCCGCGUUCUCCCUGGGCAAUAAAAAGAGUGUCUCAAAGAAUUCGUGCCACAAAUCAAGAAAAUUCAAAAAUAUUCAAUGAACGCAUAGUCAAGGAGGCGACUAUUUUGCGUCAAUUGAAACACCCAAACAUAGUCGGGUUCCGGGCUCUUUCAAAGCAACAGGGAGAUCUUGAUAGUUUAGCUUUAGAAUGUUGUGAAACCUCAUUGGGCUCUAUUCUGGAACAACGACUUGAUAAUGGCGGAUCUGCAUUACCUGCAAAGCACAUUAAGAAAAUGUUAUUAGAUAUAUCAAAUGCUUUGCACUAUCUUCAUACAGAAGCCAAGCUUUUACAUGGUGACAUGAAAUCCCACAACGUAUUGGUAAAGGGCUCUGACUUUGAAGUGUGUAAGUUGUGUGAUUUUGGUGUAAGCCUGCCAUUGGAUGUCGAGGGAAAGGUCGAUUUUCGCAAAAAUCCUGAAUUACGUUAUGUAGGUACCACAUUAUGGUGUGCCCCGGAAGUUAUUGCCGAAGAGGAUGUAAUUGACAGCAAAGCGGAUAUAUUUAGCCUUGGCCUUAUAAUAUACGAGACUAUAGCCUUGACACCUCCUCAUAUGUUAGCUAGAGACGAUUCUGAAAGUUAUUUGGAAACGUCUACAGAGGAGGAUAUGUUGAACGAAGCUGAUACGGAAGGAAACGAAACGACUGAAAUGUCUCUGAGUGACUUGGCAUACGGAACUAGACCGCAAAUACCACAAGCUUUGGAAUUAAGCGAUGACUAUAAUAUAGUAAUGGAGUUAUUUUAUCUAUGCACCAACAAUCUGCCAAUAGACAGACCAACGGCCAAAAUUAUAUUCAGUUCUUUAAACCAGCACAAUACGAAAAAUUAAUUUUUCUUCUUUAGAUAUAACAAUUAAAAUUAAUAAAUUAUGAUAAUUGUAACGCUUUACUUUUCACAUAAAUAAAAUAUAGAUUUUAAAUGA